AUGUAUCUUCCCAAGUCUCAAAAUUUCUUCAGAUCCUUCGCCACUUCACGCAACUGGAGGACCCAAAUCGAGCAAAAUCAACUCGCUUCCCAAAUCUCAUCCACUCUCUUGCAGAGACGCAAUUGGGUGUCCCUCCUCCGCAACCUCAAUCUCGACUCCAAACUAACCCCUUCUCUGUUCCUCCAAAUCCUCCUCAAAAUCCAAACUCACCCUCAAACCUCACUGGGCUUCUUCCACUGGGCCAAAUCAACUCUAGGGUUCCAGCCUGAUCUCAAAUCCCACUGUCAUAUCAUUCGAAUCGCCGUUGGUUCUGGUCUUUAUCCACCUGCAAAACCCCUCGUGGAUUCACUGAUUCGGGAAUACCCUGCAUCUGCUAUUGCAGAGACUAUGGUCACAGCAAGUAAAGGUACAAGUAGAGAUUCAUUAUCUGUUCUGUUAAGUUUUGUUAUUGAACGUUAUUCGCAAAAGGGUCUUUUAAUGGAAGGUUUAGAGGCAUUUAGGUUGAUGAGGCUUCAUGGCUGUACUCCGACAGUUCGAUCCUGCAAUGCGCUUCUUGAUGCUUUGCAGAGAGAGAACAAGGUUCAGCUGGGUUGGUGUCUCUAUGGUGCCUUGAUUCGCUUUGGCUAUAGACUUGGUCGUUCUACUUUGUCAAUUGUUGCUCAAAUAUUGAGUAAAAAUGGGAAGUUUGACACGAUUGGCAGAUUGUUAGACUCUGGGAUUUAUGAUUCGAAAAUUUAUAAUCUUGUCAUUGGUGGUUAUAGCGAUAAAGGAGACUUCAAGUCUGCAUUUGAUGCCUUGAAUCAAAUGAGUACUAGGAAACUCACCCCUGAUUUUGUUACUUACAGUUCAAUCCUCGAUGGAGCAUGUAAACUUGAUGAUGUUGAAGUCCUAGAGAGGAUAAUCAAUAUAAUGGCGGAGAAAGGACUUCUUCCCAAGUGCUCAUCAUCAUUCAACUAUGAUUUAGCAGUUCAAAAACUGAGUGAUAUCGGCAAGACAUAUGCUGCAGAAAUGUUCUUUAGAAGGUCUUGUGAUGAGAAUAAUAGCUUGCAGGAUGUUACUUACGGGUGUCUGCUAAGAGCACUAUCCAAGGAGAGGAGAAUCAGGGAAGCAAUUUCGGUAUAUGCUAUAACUUCUCAAAGAGGUCUUGCUUUGGACUAUGGCAAUUAUCAAGCAUUUUUUAAUUUUCUCUGUGAAGAAGAUCAGUGUGCUGAAGUGGAAGGUUUUGAACUAUUGAAGGACAUUAUAAGAAGAGGAUUUGAUCCUUCUUCAUCAAACUUGUCCAAGUGUAUGAUAUCUUUGUGCAAUAAAGGUAGAUGGAGAGAAGCAGAGGAUUUGCUGGGAGCUCUUCUAGAUAGAGGCAUAGUGCCUGAUUCUAGUUUCUGUAGCUUAUUAAUGAAACACUACUGCAAUAGCAGACAAGUUGACUCAGCCAUUGAACUGCAUUAUAAGAUGGAGAAGCUAAAUGCUACUUUGGAUGUUGCGGCUUAUAAUGUGUUUCUCAAUAGACUUUUUGUAGCGAGGAAGACUGGAGAAGCUGUUCAGGUGUUCAACUACAUAAGAAGACAGGAUUUACUUGGCAGUGAGAGUUUUACAAUCAUGAUACGUGAGCUAUGUAAAGUGAAGGAGCUGAGAAAAGCCAUGAAACUGCAUGAUGAAAUGUUGAGGAUAGGGCUUAAACCAGAUAAACCGACAUAUAAACGUUUAAUAUCUGGGUUUGCAUGA